ACAGCGGGGGAGGCGCAAGAGGAGGGGACGCGCGGAGGCGCGGGCUUUGCUCCUGGGGUCUUGGCCUUGGCCAGUUAGACCUGGACCCUAGGGCGGCUUGCGCAGCUGUCGGGACGUGACUGCGUUCAGCCGCGUCAGGCUUGCUUCCCACACUUGCCCAAGUUCGGGUGCCCUAGCUGCCCCUUUGCAGCCGCGGACCUAUGCCGCCCGCGGGUGAGAAGGUUGCGACGGGAGGUGGGUGGAGCUCGCCAGCGCCGGGACCGCGGAUUGGCUGCCUCGGCUUUCUCUUUUCCCCUGGUGCUUCGGCGUGAGGCGCUGAGCAGCCUGGAGCCCGCCCUCACCGUCGAUCGGGUAGCGCUUUGCUUUUGCGGUGAGGCGUUGACCUCGCCCAUACGAGUUGGAGCUCUCCGUCCAGCAGGAAUUUCCGGAAGGAGUUGGAAUUUUUGUGAUUUUUUUGCUUGUUUGGUCGGUGGAAUAUGUUGGGAUUUAUGUUUGCCUCUGAACAAGUGUCUUGCUCACAUCGUAAAUGACUUUCUCUCCGAAACGCUAAUAUUCUGUCCCGCAGGAGCGCAUAUCCUUAUUUUCCAUGACAGAUCUUAACGACAAUAUAUGCAAAAGAUAUAUAAAGAUGAUAACUAAUAUAGUUAUAUUGAGCCUGAUCAUUUGCAUUUCCUUAGCGUUCUGGAUUAUGUCAAUGACUGCAAGCACCUAUUAUGGUAACUUACGACCUAUUUCUCCAUGGCGUUGGCUGUUUUCUGUUGUUGUUCCUGUUUUGAUCGUCUCUAAUGGCCUUAAAAAGAAAAGUCUAGAUCACAGUGGAGCUCUAGGAGGGCUCGUGGUUGGAUUUAUCCUAACCAUUGCAAAUUUCAGCUUUUUUACCUCUUUGCUGAUGUUUUUCUUGUCUUCCUCAAAACUCACUAAAUGGAAGGGAGAAAUGAAGAAGCGUCUAGAUUCAGAAUAUAAGGAAGGUGGGCAAAGGAAUUGGAUUCAGGUGUUCUGUAAUGGAGCUGUACCCACAGAACUGGCCCUGCUGUACAUGAUAGAAAAUGGCCCUGGGGAAAUCCCAGUCGAUUUUUCCAAGCAGUACUCCGCUUCCUGGAUGUGUUUGUCUCUCUUGGCUGCACUGGCCUGCUCUGCUGGAGACACAUGGGCUUCAGAAGUUGGCACAGUUCUGAGUAAAAGUCCUCCAAGACUGAUAACAACCUGGGAGAAAGUUCCAGUUGGUACCAAUGGAGGAGUUACAGUGGUGGGCCUUGUCUCCAGUCUCCUUGGUGGUACCUUUGUGGGCAUUGCAUACUUCCUCACACAGCUGAUUUUUGUGAAUGAUUUAGACAUUUCUGCCCCCCAGUGGCCAAUUAUUGCAUUUGGUGGUUUAGCUGGAUUACUAGGAUCAAUUGUGGACUCAUACUUAGGGGCUAUAAUGCAGUAUACUGGGUUGGAUGAAAGCACUGGCAUGGUGGUCAACAGCCCAACAAAUGAGGCAAAGCACAUAGCAGGGAAACCCAUUCUUGAUAACAAUGCGGUGAAUCUGUUUUCUUCUGUUCUUAUUGCCCUCUUGCUCCCAACUGCUGCUUGGGGUUUUUGGCCCAGGGGAUGAACUUUAUUUCAUUUCCACAGGUUGAAACUGGUGAGUCCAGCUAAAUUUGCAAUUCCAACUUCCAUCCUAAGAAUAAUAAUUGUAAUGGCAAAGCAGAAAUGCCAGCUCCUCCUAUAUUCCAUUGUGAUGGGAUUUCACAUUUUGCUCUCAUCAACUCCCCUGUAACAGCUAGCAUCUUUCUAGUGAAAGAGAAGAAUUCCAAGAACUUAGGCAUGUUUUUUUCUGCUGAAUGGAAGUCUUGAGCAAUGAAGCUAUAUUGUCCCUACAUACUGCUAUAUAUUGAAUUGAAAGUUCUUACAUAAUCAGUGUCAAGUUUUGUCUUAUUUUGUUUUGUUUUGUUUAAACCAGUGUGGGAAAUAAAAGUGAUGAUACUUAAAAUAAUUCUCAGUUGAAGCAGAGAAAUGCCACUGUGCUAGUUGCCCAAAUGUUAUGUCUAUUUUAAAUAGUUCAAGCUGAUGUGUGUGGAAGCCUAAAUAAGUAUAGUAUCCUGAACUUCUCCCGUUAAUUGCUAUUCACAAUUGGGAAAAGUAUGGAGAUUGGUUCCUACUGAGUUUUGUGGCCUGCUCCACAUUUGUUCUUCCUUCCUCAGGGUUAGUGAUGAAAAAAAGUAAAUAUCUUUUUCAUAUGACCAUUAGAAUGUAUGAAAAAGUUAACUAAAAGCAAAAGAACUUUAUCUUAUUUCUAAAAAAUGUAUACUUUACUAUAUGUUUCAGUUGCUCUCUGAGCAGAAAUUAUCUUCAAUUUAAUAUGUGGAAUGUAUUUUCUAGCUUUCUUUGAAUUAUGUAUGGCAGCCUGGUUUAGCAUUGGCAUCCUGAACAGUUAAGAGUCACUGGGAAAUUAUUGUGUUUCUUUAUGAAUUUACUAUCAUAUCAAUUGCUGGAAAAUGCUAUGGUUUUCUAUUAUUACCUUCUAAGUUGUAUUCUCUCUUACACUGUAGCCUCAACUAAGGCAAAUUCUGCUUUUCAAUUUUGUUCUUCACUAUGAUUUACUGUGUGCUAAAGGAGUUUUGACAUGGUACAGAAUAUUUUACUAAAAGUAUUUUUAAAUGUUU